UUGCGUUAUUUUCUUUUCCAGUUAGGUUCCUGACCAGUGUCAAUGAUGGCUGCUACAAUCGUACAUGAUACUUCGGAGGCUGUCGAGCUGUUUGCCCCUCAGGGUUUGUUCCUGAAGCCGAUCGCCAAGCUGACCAUCAGCGUGUCGCUCCCGCAGCUGAAGCAGCCCGGGAAAUCCAUAUCGAACUGGGAGGUGAUGGAGCGACUCAAAUGCAUGGUCCACCCCGAGCAGUUUGCCACACUCCGCGUGUCCAAGAGCACAAUGGACUUUGUUCGCUUCGAGGGCGAGGUUGAAAACAAGAACAUGGUGAAAACCUUCCUGUCCAAGCUGGACGCCAAGACAAUUAAACUCAGUGGCUUCACGGACACUUUAAAAGUACGUGCAGCGGAGGUCAAAAUAGACUUUCCGACUCGUCAUGACUGGGACUCUUUCUUCCGGGAUGCCAAAGACGUAAACGAGACUUUACCGGGAGAGAGGCCGGACACUAUCCAUUUGGAAGGACUGCCGUGCAAGUGGUUUGCACUGAAGAACUCCAGCUCGGAAAAGCCCAGUGAUUCUAUCCUUCGCAGUGUGUUUGAAUCCUUUGGCAAGAUUCGGAACGUGGACAUCCCAAUGUUGGACCCUUACAGGGAGGAGAUGACUGGGAAGAACUUUCACACCUUCAGCUUCGGUGGUCAUUUGAACUUUGAAGCCUAUAUCCAGUACCAGGAAUAUAUAGGGUUUGUCAAGGCAAUGGAUGCCUUGAGAGGAAUGAAACUGCUGUACAAAGGUGAUGAUGCUAAAGCAGUGGCCUGCAGCAUAAAGGUGACAUUUGACACAACAAAGCACCUGAGCGACUUGUCGAUCAGGAGGAGGCAGCUGGAGCGGCAGAAGCUGCAGGAGCUGGAACUGCAGCGGGAAGAGCAGAAACGCCGCGAGAAAGAGGAAGAAGAACGGAAGAAGGACGAGGAAAGGAGGCAGCGAGAGUUUGAAGAGCAGGAGAGAGAGAGGAAGAGGGAAGAAAAGGUCAGGAAGCGGGAACAGAAGCAGAAGGAGCGGGAGGAGCGGCGGAACAUGCGCAAGCUACAACGCGAGGAGCAGAAAAGGCUGCAGGAGAAAAUAGCUCUGGAGGAAAGAAAGCUGCUGCUGGCACAGAGGAACCUGCAGUCUAUCCGGCUGAUCGCAGAGCUGCUCAGCAGAGCCAAGGCUGGUAAACAGCAGGAGCUGGAGGCACGGGAAGUGGAAGCAACCCGGCUGCACAAAAUGGAGGAAAAGAGGCGGCAGCAAGAGGCCGAGCUGCGGAAAGUGGAAGAGGAGAAAGAGCGAGUGGUGGAGUUGCAGCAUAAGGAGAAGGAGCUGCGGGAGAAACUGCUGGAGAACCUCAAGCGGAAGGAAAGUGAGAGCCAGCAGAGCCGGGAAGAGUCGAAGCCCUGCCACGCACACCAAGUGGCGAUGAAGCCCCUUGCCAGUGCGUCCCCAGCGCUGGAAACGGCCCCUGCCACCACCGCCCAGGCAAGCGUUGAUCGCACUGCAGGCCAGGCCGCUGUCAUCCACAAGAAUGUGCCGCUCAACAAGGACCUAAAUGGGCACCCAGACACGGCUGGAAGGCAUGUCAAUAAUUCGGACCAAGCCCCGGCACAAAUAAAUACAAGUCCGGCCGAUCGUCCGAGCGGCACUAAGCCUGCUCAGAACGAGCAGUGUACGACGGGAGCGGCUAAUAGCCAAGGGCGUUCUUCCCAGGAACGCUGCGGUAAAAAGGGUAAAUGCCAGAACGGGCCGAGCCACAAAGAGAAGGAGCCUCAGAGCAACCCCGCCAACGUUGAAGGCCACCAGUUGCAAAAGGAUUUGAACAAGGGACGGGGCUCACGCAAGAGCAGCGGCAGCAGUGAGCGGAGUAGGAACUGGAGGGAGUCCAGCAGCGACAGCAGCUGCCACCAGAGGGAAUGGAGCCGGCACCAGACCCGCACCAGGAAGGAGAGCGGCCGGCACGCCCGGGACCCGAGCAGGGAGCGGGGCCGCUCCUGGCGAGACCUUGGCAGCGAGCAGGGCCGGGGCCGGCGGGAGACGAGCCGCGAGCGGAGGCGUUGCAAGAGCAGGGAGCGCCCCCGCUGCCGGUGGGGAUCCAGCCGCGAACGGAAUCAGAGCGCCGACCGGCGGCGGCCCGGCCUGAGCGGGGAACGGCCCCGUCGGCCGAGGAGCGCCAGCAGGGACCGCGUCCGGCGCCGCGGAGACUCUGGCGAGGAGCGCGGCUCCAGCAAAGGACGCAGCCGCCAUCGGAGGUAGUCGAAGCCGGCCGCAAUGCUGGCUGUCCCCAUGGGCAAAACCGGAGAGUAACAGACUCAACAGCAGCAAGUCAGAGGUUCACCUGAGCCUGGGACGGUUUGGUUAACAAAUACAGCUCGGAAUAAUCGCCCGGUGUGACAAUUCCAAUUAAAACCAUUGAGGCAAAUGUCACUUGAAGUAGUAAGUUUGCAUUGAAGAAGUCUCCCUUGUACCGGUGGAAGGGGCAGAAACAGGAAAGGCAUACAAUCACAGAUUCUGACAACAUGGGAUAGCACUGUACUUCACUGAACCUGGCAACAGUUACACGAUGGUUUAACAUUGUAAUUGUUUGGUCCUUGCAAAGUUCCCUGAUAAAGUUCCAACGUUUUGAUGUGAAUUCAGUAACUACUUGUGUUUUGGUUGCAAAUUAUUAUGGCAAGGCAGUAUUUAGAAAAUGUGCACAGUGGUUGUGUUGUGGCAAUCCGUUGCAUACGGCAUUUAUCCCAUGAUGAAUUUUAGUCAAUGCUGUACAUGUUUUAUUAUCUCCUGUGAACUGCUGCUCAUGUCACGUUCGUUUCAAUUAACACUUCACCACGCUUAUUUAUUAUGCACCCUAUGCCCUUGAGAAUCGAAAUACACUCGAAAGAUUAGUGGCAAACUUGGUUUUAUGCGGCUGAUAUUUCCAUGAAGUUCUUGGCAGUGCCUCUCAUGGGUAUGGUCGGUGUUAGGAGUUUCACCACUUGAUCGAGCCAUUUCCUGACUUCCUUCAGCAAACAUUAACUGCUCAUUGUCAACUUGGCGGCAUGGCCACAAUCCGGACAGUAUAGCUGUAGCCCUGACUGUUGGUGUAGAAGAUGGCCACCUGAAAUUGGCAUUAGAAGAAGCUGCUAGAUUUAAGUUAUAGGCAUCAACUGCUCAAGAUCCCUGUUUGGGAGCAAAGUAUAUUUUAAUGGCCCAUCAGAAAGUCAGAGGGAUGGGUAAGUAGCGAGAUCUGACUUGCAGUUCAGUGGUUGAGAAGAGAAAGCAGAUAUUAUGAAGAACAAAACUACCGGGUUACCAUUGAGAAAUCCACAGAUCUGUAACUGAAUGGUGUGGAGACUGCAUAGCAUCGAAUAAUUCGCAUCCUGUCUGUUCAGCAUAGAGAAGCUUGAAGCUCCCCAAUGUGUUGGAACCUUUUCCGUUCUACCAACCAAGCACGAAUGCAGGAGUCUCUAGCUCAGCUAUUGACUGGCUGCUGUCUUAAAUUCACCUUGCAUGCGACAUCCGGUUCAGCCUCCCAUCCAUUAGAAGAUUGGACUGUCUUUACCUUGGACAGGUAUUUCCAGGGUUAAGUGGAUUGCUCCUGCAAGACCCACCACAGAGCCAGGUUUGUUGUAUUUGUGUUCAGCCAUUUGAAGUUGAAUGGAAAGUAUUUCUGAUUUCCAAAUGUGCCUCCCAUUGGGUUUUUUUUUAAUCUUUUCGAUGCCCUUCUGAGAGAGAUUGUAAUUUCACUGAAGCUUUCCAGUUUUAGAGUAAUGGGACCAAACCGUCAAGCAAUCCUUUUUAAAACAAACUUUCUGUGCCACAUUUUGAUUGAUGAUUUAGCUUUUGGUAGCUAUUUCAAAUGCUGUGUAAUCCUCACAGUAUAGCUCUAGUCACAGUUAGUUUCAUCAUAGAGCAAACUAUUUUCUAUACCUCAACUGAGAAAGUGAAGCAUCCUGCUCCAUAAUGUUUUGAAUUGGAUAGACGAUCAACACGAAACCUACUGCUGGUAACUGCUGGUGUUAGUGCAAGAAAAUGGACGUCCAGUGUUGUUAACAUAUUGGCAUCUUCCAGUCAGAAACUACAGCUGAUGGACACGAGAUGCUGGAGUAACUCAGCGGGUCAGGCCGGGCAUCUGUGGAGAAAAGGAAUAGGUGAGGUUGCUCUGCCUGGCACGCUGUGUUACUCCAGCACCUCGUGCCUGUCUUCAGUAUAAACCAGCAUCUGCAGUUCCUUUCCGCACACUACAGCUCAUGGUGAGUGAACAAUCUGAGUUGCAAGUAGAUUAGUUAUUGAACGGGUACUGAAUUCUCAUCUGUUUUCUCCCUUUUGUCUUCUGAUUGACGAAGAUGAUACUUUAUUGUCACUUGUACGUAGCUAGGUACAGUGAAAUUCUUUGUUUUUGUAUAUAAAGGGCACAAAAGUGUCGCCACAAAGGUGCCAACAAAGUUAUGAAAAAUACUCAUCCCUUCUCUGUCCUC